GUUAACCGGAGUAUAUUGAGAGAAAUAGGGGGACGCAUAACUAAUUUGUUGUCGAAACUGUUCUCAAUCAAAAGCCCUGUACUAUUGGACAGUCCCCCAAAGGAAAUCACGGUUGUUAAGGCCCCUUAAAGGGACAACAUAAUGGCGGGUAAUACACCGCCACUCAUAGGAUUGUUAAUAUGGAUCUUAUUGUCGACAAUUAACGAUGCCGGUGCCUCAGUAUGCAAAACUACGAAACGAACCACUAAAUCCGAAAAGGCACCAUGUGCCGACUUUGUAAAGAUGACUCUCGAAGGCUUCCAAAUAGACAAGAAGGCAUCUGGGAUAGACUACAAAUCUUACGAAGAGCAAAUGGAAUACAUGGAGAGGGCAAGGAAAAGUGGCAAAUCCACUCCUAAAUGUGUUUACACAAAUAACCACAACAGGGACGUGGAGGUUCCAUCGCAAGAGUGCUGUCCUGGUUGGGAGGGCUCGAAAUGCGACGAACCAAUUUGCGACCCUCCUUGUAACCUAGCCAACUCCAAGGGUUGUGUCCAGCCCAAUGUAUGCCAGUGCAAGGACGGCUUUACAGGCUACAGAUGUGACGAUCUGUCUAAACAGCUCGAAUCCACUCUGCAGUACUGUUACACAGCCAAUACUUGUUAUGGCAUGAAAAAAGAAGGGUUUGAAGACAAGGUGGUCACUGAGGACAAGUGUUGCGCCAAGGGAGGCGGAAGUUGGGGUGUCAGUGGUACAGACCACUGUGUCACUUGUCCGGAAGAGGGAGAACUGGAGCCUUCAGUAAUUCUUCAGACGACAAAGAUGCCAUUCCGAACCUGUCUCAACUUUGGACGCAGUUUCUAUCGUAUGUUUGACGGCUUAGAAUACCAGUUUGCGGGUACAUGUACCUACACUCUCUCCGAAAACUUGGAGCAGGGCUGGCACGUGGAAAUGACCGUGAAAAACUGUGACUACUGGACAACUUGUCGUAAGCUCGUGAAAACCUAUAUGGAUAAUGGAGAUAUGGUUGAAACAGAAGGCGGUGUCAUUAAAGUCAACGGACGUGAGAUCACCGUGCUACCCGAUAAACCGGUGCUGACUCCUAGUGAAACCUAUACAAUCAGCGUUAUUGGCGACUGGACACUUAUCGAGUGCCCCAACGGUCUCAGGGUGAAGGUCGAUCGUGCUUCAACGGUUUAUGUAACAUUAGACAAGGAUAAGUCGGCCGGACAGAAUGUCCGCGGUCUCUGUGGCAAUAACAACGGCAUUCCCGACAUACCAGAUGAAUUUGAGGGAACCAAAAAUCCUUCAACGUUCGGUAACUCUUACAAAGUUGUUACGGAUGGCGCAGUCUGCCCCGAUUCCGGAGCUAUACAGAGUUAUUGUUCUGGCGAAAGUAACCGAGCAAAACGUGCCGCCGAGGAAGCUUGUUCGUUCAUGCGUUCAUCUGUUUUCCGAGAUUGUCAUCAAUUGAUUGACGUUAACGUCUGGUUUAGUAUGUGUAUGAACUAUUUCUGUGGUGCCGAGUCAGACGAGGACCGCGAGGCUGUGAAAUGUUUCUAUACCGAGGCUUAUGCCCGCGAGUGCUCGUCCCAAGGUGUCGUCGUACAGUGGAGGUCCAUUUCUAUGUGCCCCAAGGAAUGCCCCAUCGGACUUGUGUAUUCAGACUGUACUUCCGCGUGCCCACGCACGUGUCAAAGUAUUCACAACGUGAUGCCGGACUCGUGCACGGCCGAAUGUGUUUCCGGUUGUGAAUGUCCGCCUGGAAGAUUCUAUCAAGAUGGUGUAUGCGUUGAGCCGACAGCCUGCCAGUGCGAAUACAACCACAAUAAGUUCAAUAACACAGACGAGAUUCAAAUUGGAUGCAAUAAAUGUACAUGUGAUAUGGGCAAAUGGAGAUGCACGGAGGAUAAAUGUAGUUCCACGUGUAAUUACUACGCAAUGUCGCACGUGAAAACGUUCGACGGACUUGAAUAUGAUUUUGAAGCUGCCCCAUGUGCUUACGAUCUUGUCGAGCCUUCACCAGAGGCCGUUGCCAAUGAUCCACGUGCUGAUCUUCUUAUCCGUGCAUUGCACGAGGACUGCGGUGAAAAUGUCAACAACAGGAACUGCAUUGGGGGUGUGAGAAUCGAGACACAGGGGGAAAAAGUAAUCAUCCAAGGGGAUAUUGUAAAAAUCAACGGACAGGAUUAUUCGUCCCUUAUUAAAGAACAACCUUUCCAAUCCAGACACCUGUACGUAAAACAAGCUACCUCAUUGUUCAAGAUGGUACGAGGUUUCGGAUUCCGUGUUCUAUAUGGCUAUAGACGAAUAUUUAUCAGCGUAGAUCCAUUUUAUGACAACAAGAUUCAAGGUAUUUGCGGUAAGUUUAACUACAUCACCAAUGAUGACUGGCUCGCACCAAACGGUAUUACAGAGAACAGAGCUGGUGCCUUUGUGGCCCACUACAUGAACCCACAAAACUGUGCCAGACAGGAGGACCGACCAGCCACCCUUCAGUGCUCCAACAUAAAGCUUAAAUAUGCCAAGGAAGUUUGCGAACCUGUGCGAGACACAUCGAACCUGUGGAGGAAGUGUCGUGAUCUUGUAGACUUCAACGCUUACUAUCAACAGUGUCUUAGCGACAUGUGCUCCGUGAGCUCCCUUGACGUCAGCGAGCCCGCUUGCAUCAUUAUGUCAGUGGUAGCUCGUGAAUGUGCUCUCCAAGGAGCAGUUGUCAACGACUGGAGUAAUGACGCCAGCGUGAAAGGACAAUGCGGAGGCCUUACGAAGUGUCCAUCGGCAGGAGGUACCCAGUACCGGGAAUGCUGCUCAGCUUGCAGAGGUCAUUGUCGGGACAUGGAGAUUGCCGAUAACACGUGUCAAGAAGAAUGCAUACCCGGAUGUAUGUGUCCCGUUGGACAAGUUAUGGAUGAUAACGGUGAUUGCGUGAAAUUAGCACAGUGUACUUGUUACGAUAAGUACGCUACGGAAGGGGAUAAAAUCCGUGAUGCCGGAGAUGUCGUGGAGAGGAAUUGUCAUAGAUGCACAUGUGCAAAUGGUGCGUGGGAAUGCUCGGCUAUACAGGAAUGUUACACAGAUGUCUCGUGCCCACGUAAUCAAAUCUACUUGGAAGACAGUAAAGUCUGUCAGACUACGUGCGAGAAUAACGGAAUGGACUGUGGUAGAGACUAUAUAUUUAGCGGCUGUGGUUGCCCUAAAAACAAGACAAUGUCUCCUGAUGGAAGCUGUAUUGACCCCGACAAUUGUCCAUGCCAGUACGGUAAUGAAUGGUACAAAGUCGGCAAAAUAGUCAAGUCUGGUUGCAAGGAACUACGUUGUGAAGGACAAAAAUGGGUGGUAGUCAAGGAUGAAGAUUGUCCAGGAACAUGUUGGGCAGCUGGAGACCCUCAUUUGUCGACGUUCGACGGCAAACAUUACUCCUUCCAGGGCGCAUGCUCCUACGUACUGGUGAGGGACAAAACUUCCGGUGGAGAGUUCGAAAUCACGGUAGAAAACGUCCCAUGUGGAUCAACUGGCGUGACAUGCACUAAGAGUGUCAGCGUUCGUAUUUUUGGCGUCACGGUUAAAAUGAUGAGAGGGAUGCCGCCGAGAAUUGAUGACUUUACUGUGACCAAUGGAAAUUACAAGGCCAAGGGAAUGACCAUCAGCAGGUCAGGAGUGUGGGUCAUUCUUUACUCCUCAAAACUCCAGCUUACUGUCAUGUACGACGAAGGUACACGUAUUAUGGUGCAUUUGAACGCCAGAUGGAGGUCUAAAGUUGAAGGUCUAUGCGGAAACUUUGACGGACGCUCAAAUAAUGACUGCGGAAAUAAUAUUGUGGAUUUCGGAAAUGGCUGGAAAACGAGCUCCCGAUGCGCGGAUGCUCCUCAUCCGUCCCCGAAACAACUCGAACCAUGCUUUAACGUGGAACACAGAGAGGCCUGGGCGGAGCAAUCGUGCGCUCUCAUUAUAGAAGGUGACAUGUUUAGCUCGUGCCGAGACUCGAUGCCGGACUGGAUGGAAGAUUUCUACUAUCAGGAUUGUCUGUUUGACGCUUGCAGAUGUGAUAUGGGUGGUGACUGCGAGUGUUUGUGUACAGCCCUUGCCAACUUUGCUGAAAAAUGUAACGAACUCGGCGCUCCCGUCAGAUGGCGUUCCCAAAGGCUCUGUCCAAUGCAGUGUGACAAUGGCAUGGUGUACAUAGCCUGCGGACCGGCCUGCCCACAAACCUGUCAGAAUAUAGGUGACGAGCCCGAACCAUUCUGCGACAACGUCCCAUGUGUUGAAGGGUGCUUUUGCCCAGACGGUUUCGUCCAAAAUGGAGACAGAUGUGUGCCGGCUGACGAAUGCCCAUGUAUCAAGGAUGGCACUAAAUACCCACCUGGUACCUCUAUAAUGAGGACCUGCAUGAAUUGCACUUGCAUUAAGGGCAAGUUUGAAUGUUCGGGAUCCAACUGCACGGGAAUCUGUGCCGAUGGUGAGUUCGUUUGUGAAAAUGGAGACUGUGUCAAAUCUGAAUAUGUUUGCGACGGAUACUCAGAUUGCCAAGAUGGAAGCGAUGAAGUGAACUGUGAAGAGAUCGAAUGUGGGGACGAUUAUUUCCAGUGUGGAAAUGGACGUUGUGUACCAGAGGAUGUACGUUGUGACGGCUUUUUUGACUGUGUUGACAUGUCAGACGAGGCUGGAUGUGAGCCAACAUGUGAUGAGCACGAGUUUACGUGCGACUCCGGAUUGUGUAUACCACUCAACUUUAAAUGCGACGGUGAACCAGACUGUGGGCCAAUGGACAACUCGGAUGAAAAGAAAUGUCCAAUUGUUACGGAGUGCUCUGAGGUUCGAACCUUCCGCUGUGAGAACGGUGCCUGUGUACCUUACACAUUGAGGUGUGACCGACAUGAUGAUUGUGGAGACGGUAGUGACGAAGUAGGCUGCAAUUGCACGUGCGAUGGACGCGGUGUAUUCACGUGCGGAAGUUGUGAAUGUUUGGAGGGAUAUCACCAGUGUGACGGUGUGUUUGAUUGUGCCGACGGAUCAGAUGAACAAGGAUGCAAAUGUGGACGUGGUCAGUUCACAUGUGAUAACGGUCUAUGUGUUGACAACAACAAGCGAUGUGAUGGUGCAGCAGACUGCAAAGACGGAAGUGACGAAUCCGGAUGUGGAAUUGAAACCACGCCUACUCCUGUCACAACAUCAAGUUCCGUCACCACGCCCUGCAAUUACAUCAGUUGCUUGACCACACCCUACGCUAUACACAAGAAGGAUAUCUUUGUCAGUGACCCUGAUGCAAGGCCAAAAAAGGAAAAUAUAAGACCUGGCGGCGAUCCGCUCAAAUCCUACCAAGAUGUUCUUAAGAUUGUUAUAGACUUUCCUCAGAAGGAUACGCCAACAGAUUCUGUAUGGCUCCCUACCUCAGACAAUGUCGCUGCAUUUACUGUUUCCAUAAAGAUCGGAAACAAAAUUAUCGACAUCCAUGAUGGAGCUGCCUUUGGUCCAGACGACACUGUUGACCUUUCUGAUUAUAGCGCUGACGAGAUUAUUGUAACCUUGACUUCUAAAAUCAGGAAAACUCGUCCAUACUAUGUCGAGGUAGAGAUAUCGGCUUGUGUUGAAGUUGAGCCAAUAUCAACAACUCCAAGCCUUACAACACCAACAGCUUGCACCGAAAGAAUGUUAUUUGGCGAUUCACCAUUUGUUCGUAUUGACGCAACCUCAUCGAAACCGGGUUCUAAACCGGAGGACGCGCUGUUCCAGCAACCAAACACAUGCUGGGAAGCCGACGAUGAUGACGAUGAACCGACAUUGACUGUGACUAUCCUUAGUGAAGGAAACGCUCUCGUGACUUUGAUCGUAAUGAAGGUUACAGGCGUUAGUAUGGUUGAAGUCGAAUAUUUACCCAGCACAUAUUCCCCGCCCCUUCGUAUUAUUAGUGACCCAUCCAUUCCAUCCCGUGUUGAUUUCACAACCCCAGCCGGCAAACCUGCGCAGACAAUCAAAAUCAAAGUGAUUCCAGCUGUUGACAGAACGCCACGUGUAUGUGGCCUUUCUAUCGCUGCUUGUUUCCAACCUUCAAUAUCUACUCUUACUACUCCCCCUAUAAUCAGCUCAUCAUCUACAUCAACACCUUACUCUACUACUACCGAAGAAAUAUGUAUGGAGGAGCUUGUAUGGCGAGCCAAACUCGAUUACAGUUCGGUUAAAUCUUCAUCCGGUGACGGUUCCUUCGAUGAUAGUCCUUGGACUCCGGCGUCUUCGGACUCAAACCCAUCACUCACAGCCAAAUUCAGCGCAGAGAUGCUAGUCAAACAAAUAACAGUCAAAGGCAAAAGAAUGCAGUUUAUGGUGGAAUAUAAACCUAUGGAUAAACCAUGGGAAACGGAAUAUGAUGACGAUAAUAGACCAAUGAUAUUUAGUGUACGAAAUGAGGACAAGCCCAUUGACUUCAAACUUAGUCCUAUCAAGGUCACUGCUAUCCGAAUUCGUGUCACAUCCACAAGUGCAAUCUCUUUCCAAGUUGAAAUGUACGGUUGUGUUGUCGGGCAAGUCUUUACAACCACGCCGUAUGUAACAGAGACAUCUUCCUUUACACCUUUCCAAACAGUGACGUCAGAGACGUCAUCCACGUAUACAAGUGGCCAGGUUCCAUGUGAAAGUUCGGAAGGAAUGGAUGAACCCUUACGUAUACCGUCAGAGGCUAUCUUCACGGAUGACGACACAGCAAAGAAAAACAUAGAAAAUAUACGUCCCGAUAGCUCAACACCAUUAGUAAUCCGAAAGAACGAGCCUGUUAUAAGAAUAGUGCUCCCAAAUAUCUAUGUGGAAUCAGUUUCAUUGCCCACCUCUAUCAAUGUCAACAAGUUUAGGCUAUCCAUCAAAAGACCAUCGGACGAUUCGCUUAAACCAGUUCAAAACGGAAAGAAAUUUUCUCCAGACGACGUGAUUCCAAUAAACACAUAUAUUGUUGAAAUUGACAUAGAAUUAUUCGGCGAUACACCGUUCAAAAUUCGUCUCAGCAUAAUAGCUUGCUUCGAAACAGUAACAACCCCGGUGACAUCCACGCCAAGCACUACAUCUUCAUAUCCCAUAACAUUUACGAGUUCUUCAGAAACAUCGUCGGUACCUGAAACAUCGACCACGUACACGACAUAUACGUCACCACACGUGGAAACUUCUUCAACAACAUCAGUAUCCCCAUAUACAAGCUCAUCCAGUACCAGUAUAUCAUCGUCUUCAAUUUCAACGUCCUCAUCGCCCACAACCAAUGUAUACACAAGCUCAUCAAGCAGCAGUUUAACAGAAUCAAGUCCUGUUUCGGCCACGGCUACAUCUACGACAGUGUGCACUGUAACGGAGGGUAUGGAUAGACCGAAAUCAAUUCCAAGAGAAAAUAUAAGGGACAAUAAUGAUCGUAUACCGCAAGGUGCUGAGAAUUUAAGACCUAAUGCAGAGAAUCCAUUUACUGUUGAUAGGAAUUCUUUUACUGUACGAUUCUUAUUUAAUCCUGCUAUUCCAGUUGAAUCGUUAGAAUUGAUAAGGCCAAGGAAUAUUGAAGAUAUAACAGUUUCAUACGUACAACCCAGAAAUAAUAAGAGAAUACCGGUUGUCGAGAAUGGAAAUCCAAAGAAAGUCGUGCGAUUCCCAGAACAACCAGAUGCUGUAGAGGUUGUACUCACAGUGAAUAGAGAAGAUUCGGAUGAGCCAAUGUCGUUCCAAGUUGCUAUAUUUGCUUGCUUCGAAAUCCCGACAACAACAACUCCUGUAGUUACAACAUACUCUGUUGAAACAUCGUCUGUUCCAACAACAAGCUCUUCAACUAGCAGCACUUCAUCAACGUCUUCAGGACCUGUUACCACAUCCUCUGUUUACACAUCUUCGUCUUCUCCAGGCAUAACGUCUACUAGUUCUACAGGCCCGGUCACUACUUCCUCUGUUCACACAUCCUCAUCUUCUCCAGGCAUUACUUCUACUAGUUCUUCGAGUAGUUCAUUUUCUUCUUCUACUUCUCAAGAAAUAUCAACGAUAUGUGGACUGUCAGACGGUAUGGAUGACGAUCAAUUGAUUCCAAACAAUAAUAUAGUAGAUGAAAACAAUGAUGUGCCAGAUGAUGUUGAAAUGUUGAGACCUAAAAGCCGACGUCCAUUUUCUGUGAAACGUAAUAAGAUAACUCUUAAAUUUUGGCUGAUGCCAGAACGACGAAUUGCAUCGAUCAAACUGAUAAAUCCCGUAGGCGUUCAGUCGAUUGCUGUUUGGUUCAUUAGACCUUCACUAAGAGCCUCUAAGGAGCGAGCUGUAGUAAAAAAUGAAUCGCCAGAUAGCAUCGUUCGAUUCCAAGGUAUGCCUUACGCUGUUGAUAUAAUACUUGAAGUAGUGAAGAAACCUUCAGCAGACGAAAUGAAAUUUAGGGUGUCUGUAAAGGCAUGUUUUGAAGAGGUAACUUCAGAGACUACUCCAUCAACAAGUAGUUCAACAAGCAGUUCGACAAGCAGUUCAAGCUUCCGGUGAAACGACUUCAUCAAGCACAGAGACGUCUUAUACAGCCGAGACAUCAACUGUUCCAACAACCAGUACUUCUACAAGUAGCAGUUCAUCUUCGUCUACAGGGCCAGUCACUACGUCCACUAUAUAUACGUCUUCAUCUUCACCAGGCAUAACGUCUACUAGUUCUACAGGACCAGUUACUACUUCCUCCAUUUACACAUCUUCAUCUUCUCCAGGCAUAACUUCUACUAGUUCCUCGAGCAGUUCAACAUCUGCAGAAGUAACAACGAUAUGUGAACUUUCUGACGGAAUGGAUGACGAUCAAUUGAUCCCGAACAACAACAUAGUAGAUGAAAACGACAAUGUGCCAGACGACGUUGAAAUGUUGAGACCAAAUAGCCGACGUCCAUUUUCUGUGAAACGUAAUAAAAUGACUAUCAAAUUCUGGCUGAUGCCGGAAAGACGAAUUGCAUCGAUCAGAUUGAUAAAACCUGAAGGCGUACAAUCGAUUGCUGUUUGGUACAUCAGACCUUCAGAAAGAGCAUCAAAGGAACGUGUAGUAGUUAAGAAAGAAUCACCAGAUAGCAUCGUUCGCUUCCCAGGUAUGCCUGAAGCUGUUGAUAUAUUACUUGAAGUAGUAAAGAAACCUUCUGCAGUCGAAAUGAAUUUCAGAG